UACAAUGCAGCAACAGCUGAUUGAAGCGACGCAAUUCUGCGUAAAAUCUUUGUGUGUAAAAACUUGAAGGAGGUAGUCAAUACGCCGUGUUUUUUCUUUCCUUCCUCCAAAAAAUAUCAAUAAUUUUGAUAAUUCUGACUGCAUAGGCGCGCAGAACAUUGCAUUUUCGUGUGCCCGUGGUGUGUGGAAAAGCAAUCAACAUGGGGGCAUACCUCUCGGAGCCGGUAACGGAGAAGAUUUCGAAGGAUGUUCAGAAUGAAUUUUUGGCGUGCGGUGCGAGUUCCAUGCAAGGUUGGCGACUAAAUCAAGAGGACUCCCACAAUUGCCUGCCGAAUUUCGAUCGUGACCGGAGUAUCUCCUUUUUUGGGGUCUACGAUGGGCAUGGGGGUGCGGAGAUUGCUCAGUUCUGCAGUCAGAGAUUCCCGGCCUAUCUCAAAACACUCGAUCCCUACAAGGCGGGGGAAUUUGAGAAGGCGCUAAAGGAUGCUUUUAUGGGCUUCGAUGAGCUCCUCCUGGACGAAGAGGUGCUGGAACUGCUGAAAACCAUGGCGGGGGAUAAGUAUGCAAAUGAGGAAUUUCAUACGUCCGACAGUGAGGAUGAGGAGGACAUUGCUGAGCUAUGUCAGGAGAGUCAAAUGCCACUCACAGAGGUUCUGGAGAAAUACAAGGGUCCCGUGGAGAGGUUGAAGGAGAAGCAGAAACCCCUAUCGCCAUUCCUGAGGGCACAAAAGGGUGCAGGAAAUGACGCUGCUGCAGCUGCCUCUAGUUCAUCCGGUGCUGGUGGCAGUAGUACGCAAAAUACAGAUUCCACCGCAGGAUCCUCAGCUGCUGGAAGUUCAGCUGGGUCAUCGUCAGCAGGACCAUCGGGAUCAGCGGGUCCGUCGGGUUCACGUUCAGCGAGGAAGAAGCUCGAAGCUGAAAUUGAUUCCACCGUGAGUAGUUCAAGCACGAGUGACAAGAAGGCCGAAGUACCCGUUGAGGCAGCUGCUUCCAAUGAGGUGUCCGAAUGUGAAAUUCCUGCCAAUAGCAAGGAGAGCUACAACAGCCCCGAUUCAUCGUCAUCCUCAUCGACAGCACGCAAGGGGGCUGAUUUGCAGGAAGCCGCCGAAAAGCCCGGAAGUAGUACGGAUCAGGUGGCACGACAGCCUGAGGUGAAGGUUCCCAAUGGAGAUGAGGGUGAUGAUGCUGUGAGUGCUUCAAGCUCAAAAAUUGCCGGAGGUAGUAGCAGCAGCACCACCACCAGCACCAGCGGCCACCAGGAGUCUGAAGUUUCCACCAAUAGUGGUAAAGGUGAGGGCGUUUCCAGCUCUUCGUCUGCUGUUCAGGAGAAUGGUGAAGUAACCAGCAACAGUGGUGGAUGCUCCAGUUCCAAUGAAGUUCCCCCGGCUAAGAAGGCCCCAGCUCCUCCCAAGGAUGUUCCAAAUGCCCUCGCAUCGUCCUCUGAUGAAGAUGAAUCGUACAAUGAGACAAGCACGGAGGAUCUCGAGGAGGAAGACAGUGACGUGGAGGAUGAUGAGGAAGAAUAUGAGGAGGAUAGUGAUGAGGAGAGAGCAAAUGCAGAUCCGGAAAACUAUGUCAAUGCCGAAGAUGAGGCAUUUAUGAGUAAUAUGAUUGAGGAACCGGGAAAGGAUAGUGGGUGUACAGCUGUUGUGGCUCUACUCUGUGGCAGGGAUCUCUAUGUGGCAAAUGCCGGUGAUUCCCGGUGUGUUGUGUGCCGGAAUGGGACGGCAAUUGAGAUGAGCUUCGACCACAAGCCAGAGGAUGAGAUUGAACACAAACGGAUCACCCUUGCUGGGGGUAGAGUCACCGUAGAUGGACGCGUCAAUGGAGGUUUAAAUCUCUCACGCGCAAUUGGUGAUCAUGCCUACAAAAUGAAUACGGAUCUCCCACCGGAUCAGCAGAUGAUCUCCGCAAUGCCAGAUGUGAAGAAGAUGACCAUUUCGCCGGAGGAUGAAUUCAUGGUCCUGGCAUGCGAUGGCAUUUGGAAUUUCAUGUCCAGCGAGAAUGUUGUGCAGUUUGUGAAGAAGAGAUUGGAUGAGGGACGAGAGAGAAUAUCUCAAAUUUGCGAGGAGUUGUUUGACCACUGUCUAGCCAAGGACACCACAGGGGAUGGUACCGGAUGUGACAACAUGACGGCAAUCAUUGUGAAAUUCACGAAAGAACUGCCAAAGAUGGCGGAAGUUGAGCAAUCGGGUGAACUUGUGGCGUCCAGCAAGAAGAGAUCAGCAUCUCCGGAAGCCGAUGGUGUUGUAGAUGGGAAGGUUGAUGGGCCGAAGAGACUGAAGACUGAUGAUGAAUUCUCUGGAGCUGUUAUUGUGGACACCAUUGCCAACGAUGUCAGCUCCACGUGAAUAAAUCAUUGAGCUCUGUGCGUCGACGCCCCCGGGUGGAUGCUGGGUAAUUCUCUUUGCCCCCCUAAUUCCCCGCGUAAGAAGAAAAAAACAAUGAAAAGGAUUAAGAUGUUUUGGAAGGAGAAAUUGGAGGAUAUUUUGUUGAGAGAGGGAGAGAGCUGAGGAAGAGAUUUAAAAAGGACAAUGUUCUCAAACAAGAAUUUCUCACUGUUUGGGAGCUUUUUUUAUUAAUGGGAAAAACAACACAAAAAGAAACUUAAGAAAAAAAUUGAUACAAAUCCAAUAUUUAAAGAAAAGAAAAUUAGAUUGAACAGAAAUGAAAGAUAAAUGUUUGUCAUACGCAUAUUAAUUUCUACGUGUUAGAGCAGAAUGAAAGAAAAGAAAAUAUUCAAUGUUUUAAUUUUAAUCUUAAAUGAAAAAGAAAAAAAUUGUUUAAAAUUGAUCAGAAGGUAAUUUCGUGAGUAAUUUAAUUGAAAAAUAAAGAUGAGUACACAGCAAAA